AUGUCUUCAUCGACGCAUUCCCGCGACGGCAACGGCAAACCGUUCUCAGCCUCCCUGUCGAGUUCCAACGGCGCAUCCUCCAAAAAGACCUCGUUCAACCUACAAUCCUCCAAACGCAACCGCCCCACCGACUCACCCGCACCAGGAAGCCGUUCCCUCCCUCGACGGCCGCACCAGCUCGGCCAUGGCGGCGACUCCUCCGACGAAGACGACAGCGCGCCUGUCCACGAAGAAAUCUCCGGCUUCGACACGCACACCGGCGGCGUCCUAACAGCCGACGGAAAGGCAGUCAAAAAAGACAACGAGCCGUUGGUCAUCCCUGUUACCAGCAGGAAUAACUGGCGCGACCGGCCCGGAGUCAACACGAAGAAAAGCAAGAAGAACCUCCUGCCGCGCGAGGUCCAGGCUAUGCAGGAAGCGGAGAGAAAUGGCCAAGCCCCCGGAGGCAGUGCAGUCGAGACAGAGGGGCCGAGUAUGGCAUUCGGACUGAGCUUUGCAGCACAGAAAUCCGCAGAGGGUGGUGGUGGUGAUCCAGCGGUCGAAGACCAAGCCAUGCCAGAUGCGAAGCCUAUUUUGCCUCCUCCCAUUGAGGAGAGCAAGCCGCUCACGGAUGAUCAGAAAGCACUACGAGCCUUGAUCAGCGAGAGCAAAGGUGAGGCACCGGAGCGAAGAACGGAUCUCGUGAUCGAGUCCCAGCGGAAAGCGCAAGAAGAUGAAGAAGAGCAUGGACGUUACGACGAGGCGAGCUCUUUCCGCACAGAUGUUGCAUCGCGACCUGAUUCCGCGACGCUGGAUGCCUACGAUUCCAUUCCCGUGGAGGAAUUUGGAGCCGCGCUCCUGCGAGGAAUGGGCUGGAAAGACGGCCAGGCCAUUGGACGAGGCCAGUACGGCACAUCUGCGACUGCGGACCGAGAUCGAGCGAACAAGCUGCGCGUUCCAGAGCGGCGGCCUGGGUUUUUGGGAAUUGGAGCCAAGGAUACAUCGGGCGGGAAAGGCGCUGAGGCUGAACUCGGCGCGUGGGGGAAGUCGGCGAUGCGGAAGGCGUCGAGAAAGCAGGGCGAAGCAGAUGCAAAUGGUGGGAACACGGAAGGUGUCUAUAUGCCGGUUAUGAUGCGCAACCGCAAGACCGGCGAGCAUAUCACCGAGGAAGAACUGGCCGCCAUGCAGAAAGAGGCGAAGUCGAAACCCACCACGGAGGAUGACUGGCGUGAUCGCCGUGAUCGCAAUUUGGAGAAGAGCGGCCGCGACAAAGACAGGGAUCGCGGGUAUCGUCGGCGCGACUAUGAUGAUGAGGAGGAGGAGCGGCAUGGUAGGAGGAAUGGCUCUUCCCGCCGGGAUCGCAGCUUGUCUAGUUCGCGCCACUCUUCUUCCCGACGAUCACGGUAUGAUGAUGAUGGCGGUAGAGAAGACCGGUCUCGUCGUGAUCGGGACAGACGGAGGGACCGGGAUGAUGACCGGGACCGGCGGAGAGACUCUGGCAAUGAUCGUGAUCGUGAUAGGGAGAGGGAUCGAGACAGAGACACAGACCGCAGCCACCGACACGGUGAUGAUCGGUCCAGCAAGUCCCGGCGUGACCGGGAUCGGGAUCGGGACCGUGACUCUCGUCGCAGUCGGCGAGACGACUAA